GCCAUUACUACAACAAGAGAAGUGUGUAUGAGAAGAAAGUUCUCGUAUAUCAUAGUUAUAUUUUGACAAAUAAUUAAAGAAAAGGUAAAACAUGGAGAAAGGUGGAGUUGAGCAUGAGAUAACUGAGCUGAGAUUGGGUCUUCCGGGGAGAGAUGUGACGGAGAAGAUUGUGAAGAAGAGAGGCUUCACGGAGAUGAUCAUGACGUCUUCUGGAAGUAACAGUGAUGAAAGUGGUGUCGUUUCAGGUGGUGACGUGGAAAAAAUUAAUGAGUCACCCGCGGCGAAAAGUGAGGUGGUGGGAUGGCCGCCGGUUUGUUCUUACCGGAGGAAGAACAACUGUAAGGAAGCUUGGACGACAAAAGUGGGGUUAGGGUACGUGAAAGUGAGCAUGGAUGGUGUGCCUUACUUAAGGAAGAUAGAUCUUGGUUCGAGCCAAGACUAUGAUGACUUAGCAUUUGCUCUCGAUAAGCUCUUUGGUGUCCGUGGCAUUGGAGUGGCCUUGAAAAAUGGUGAUAACUGCGAAUACGUUACCAUAUACGAAGAUAAAGAUGGGGAUUGGAUGCUCGCUGGAGAUGUACCAUGGGGAAUGUUCAUAGAGUCAUGCAAGAGGUUGAGGAUUAUGAAAAGAUCGGAUGCUACCGGGUUUGGUCUGCAGCCUAGAGGAGUAGACGAGUGAUCUGAUGACUUGAACAAGAAGCAAGUACCUGAUUAAUUAUUUAUCCUUAAUAAGUAUCAAGAUUCUCUAGAACAUUUUUCCUAUUCAUGUUAUAUAUGUUAUGGUUUGUAUAAUUAUAUCCAGAAAGACAGCUAUAUAUAUAUAUAUAUA